GCCCAUUGGGCCAACAACAAACAUCAGAACCCUAUAACUAAAAGCUCUCUCAAUCACUAUCGUUUGACAUCUCACUCUGUGCCGCCGAGUCUCAACCCCUCUCUCCUCUCUCUGCUGAUCUCUUCUCUUCGCCGGACCUCCGGACAAAGUUAAGGUAAGCCAUGGUGAAGCACAACAACGUUAUCCCUAAUGGCCAUUUCAAGAAGCAUUGGCAGAACUAUGUUAAGACAUGGUUCAACCAACCUGCAAGGAAGACCAGAAGAAGGAUCGCUCGCCAGAAGAAGGCUGUGAAGAUUUUCCCCAGGCCUACUGCUGGACCCCUUCGCCCUGUUGUUCAUGGACAGACUUUGAAGUACAACAUGAAGGUUCGGGCUGGCAGGGGUUUCUCAUUGGAAGAACUCAAGGCUGCUGGGAUCCCCAAGAAGCUUGCACCUACCAUUGGUAUAUCGGUUGAUCACCGCCGCAGGAACAGAUCUUUGGAGGGUCUCCAAUCUAAUGUUCAGAGGCUCAAGACUUACAAGGCUAAACUUGUCGUCUUCCCAAGGCGUGCUCGCAAGUUUAAGGCUGGAGAUUCUGCCCCAGAGGAGUUGGCCAAUGCUACUCAGGUCCAAGGCGAGUUCUUGCCUAUUGCUCGAGAGAAGCCAGCAUUUGAACUUGUUAAGAUUACCGAUGACAUGAAGUCAUUCAAGGCUUACAACAAGCUCAGGUUGGAGCGCACAAACGCACGCCAUCUUGGUGCUCGGUUGAAGAGGGCUGCCGAGGCCGAGAAGGAAGAGAAGAAAUAGAGUCAUAGAGUUAUUCCCAGGAAUUUUGCAUUUUGUUUUCUGAACUAUGUAGAUUUUUUGUUGUAUUUUGAUGUUAGCUAAGCUGAAGAUUUUUAAAUUAAUUUUAUGGUUGUAUUGCUGAUUGUAUAAUUUUUUAAGUUUACCCUUUUCGAAAGUAAUACAAUCAAUACCAUUGAUUUGGCAUAA